GACAUUGUAUUACCAUGUUAUCUUCGUUCGCUCCGCUGUUUUAUUUUUCGAAACUAUUCGGCAUUGUGCCGUACUCGUUUUCGGAAUUUUACAAUAAUCGAGUAUUGAAGCCCUCUACAAUCGGAAAUAUUUGGCCUCUGGUUAAUAUUGCCGUCUAUUCAGUAUCUUAUCAUAUAACUACGCAGCUUUAUUCACUGUCGGAUAAUGUCCACGCCAGUACUCUCACAACUGCAAUUGGAAUCUUCAUAACGUACAUGACCCCCACAAUGAUGAUUUCAGAUUUGCUGAUUGGCAUCGUGAAUCAACAUAAACUUAUAUCGUUUUUCGAUCGUUUCAAGAAGGUUGACGAACGUCUAGCCCGUGAAAGUAUUCGCUGCUGCAACAAUGCGUUGACUUUGCGAAUCCGCGCCCUCUUAGCUGUUACGUUUUUGGGUGAAUGCAUUUUGGCAAUUUUGAGCUUUUAUUUCUUCCAUGAUCCAAGAAAUCUCGAAUCUCUGUUGGUGUUUGUUGCUGCUAUCCCUACUCUAGUUACAACUAUUGAGAAAGUUUGGUUUGCAUCGUUACUAUUCGCCCUGAAAGAACGAUUCGAAGCUGUUAACACAUAUUUGGAUCAAACAGUUGACAACUAUGUUCAAAAAAAUAGAAUCAACGAAAUGCUCAACGACUCCGAUAGCUGGGAUCUUGGAUAUCUGCACAAAGAGAUAUUCAUGAAAAAUCCGCAAUAUGUGAGUAGUGUCAAGAAGCCAAAUAAAAUAAUUCCGGUUGUGCCAUGGGACGAAACCAUCCCAGUCAAAGUGUAUAAUGAGGAAAAGAAGCCAAAUCCAGAACAAAAGGAAAGUGACUUGAAUGAUACACUCAAAAUGGAAGUUCGAUUGAAUGGGUUUUGUCAGAUUCAUGAUGAAAUCUGUGAGUUGGGGAAGUUACUGAAUCGGAUGUGGAGUCUUCAAAUGCUACUACUAAUGGCUUAUGGAUUCAUGAGCAUUACAGCGCAAUUUUACUUUUUGUACUGUAAUAUAGUGAACCAGAAUAUACCAGUACUAUUCAGAUCAGCAAGGAAUGUGGUAAUUUCUUCGAUUUUCAUUGUUUACACUGCUGGAAAAUGUGUGUAUGUCAUCUACCUAAGCUGGCAAACGAAGCUAGAGGCUCGAAAAACGGGUGUUUGUUACCACAAGAUCGCAAACGCCGUUGAUGAAAAUAACUUCUAUGAAAUUAUUAACCACCUCUCGCUGAAGUUAUUGAAUCAUACAGUUAAUUUCACAGCAUGUGGCUUUUUUGAUUUAGAUAUGACGACACUAUACUCGGUUACGGGAGCGAUAACGAGCUACUUGAUUAUUCUCAUCCAGUUUAACUUGGCUGCCCAUCGAACAAAACGACCGGACAAUAACUCCCUGAUUACCACCACCUCUACACAGCCUACUCUAUAGAAAGCAGUAAAACUGAGUGAAAAUCAAUUUUAAGCACUUUAUUAAUAAUA